AUUGAUAUAAUACUUGGUAAUAUUCUUCUAUAGUCUCAGCGAAAUCAUGAUCACCAUGUAGACAUUAAAUUAUUUGAUUUACGUUUCAUCUUCUUCUAGCCAGGUCCAUUCAACUUUCUCACCAACCAAACAUAUCCAAGUCCUAAAAUCAACCCUCUAACGACAUAUCACAAGAAAAACAGAUUAGUUCAUCACAUCAUGGACACAAGGCUAUUGAAGGCUUCUCAAACUGGAAGUACCGUGAUGUUACACCAAUUGCUUCAAGAGAAUCCUCUCAUACUCCACACACACGAUCUUUUCUCAUCAGACAAUCCCUUACAUGUCGCCUCGAUGGCUGGCCACGUGGACUUCAUCAGAGAGAUUGUAAGGCUAAAACCAGAAUUUGGGAAGCAAUUGAAUGAGGAUGGUUUCAGUCCAAUUCACAUAGCUUCUGCAAAAGGGUAUUUGGAGAUUGUGAGGGAGCUUUUGAGAGUUGACCAAGGACUUUGCAGGUUAGAGGGGAGAAAUAAGUGGACUCCUCUUCAUUUUGCAGCCAGCAGAGGAUGGUCAAACCUCGUCAAAGAUUUUCUCCUGGUUUGUCCUCAGAGUCUUGAAGAUGUAACUGUUCAAAAAGAAACUUCUCUGCAUCUUGCCAUUAAGAAUAGUCAAUUUGAAGUAGUUGAUGUUAUGUUGGCAUGGAUUAAAGAAAAGAAAAGAGAUGAUAUACUGAAUAUGAGAGAUGAAUUUGGUAAUUCAGUUCUUCAUCUAGCAACUUGGAGAAGACACCGACAGGUAGUGGAAUGGUUAAUCGGCUUUGGAAAUACCACAACAGGAGGUACUUUGGUAGUAAAUUCUGUAAACAAGAGUGGCCUCACUGCCCUCGAUUUGCUUCUAAUAUUCCCAAGCGAAGCAGGCGACAGGGAAAUUGAUGAGCUCCUUCGCAAAGCUGGAGCUAAGAGAGCAAACGACACGCUCUUCUCUUCUUCACCAUCGUCUUUCGAAUACAACACUAAUCAACAAACCAUGGAAACCCAUUGCACCAGCGAGAGUGAAGAUGAUUUAUUGUACUUCAGGUUCAAAAAGGGUAGAGACUCACCAAGCGAUGCCAGGAAUGCCCUCUUGGUUAUGGCAGUUUUAAUGGCCACAGCAACGUUUCAAGUGGGAAUUAACCCUCCAAGCGGUGUUUGGCAGGACAGUGACCCAAAUGGGAAUGGCACUACCCCAAAACACGUAGCUGGGAGCUCAAUUUUGGGGUCAUACAGUCAAGUUUCGUUUACCUUAUUCGUGGUUUUCAACUCCCUUGGACUCUCCCUCUCACUUUACAUGAUUACCAUCCUCACAAAGAAUCUACCUAUGCAGUUGGAGUUUCAAUUAUGUGUAACUGCACUAUAUUUUACUUAUUACACUGGAUUGACCAGCAUGGCGCCCCUAAAUGGUAUCAGGACCGUCAUCGUAGUAUUAUCAGGAGUUUUGCCUCCUACUAUUCCUCACUUAGUCAAGCUUACUAGGCUAAUUAUUAUGAAGAGUAAAAUAGUUCUACAAUAUCUCUCGAAAUCUUUAUGUUGAAACAAACUAUUAUCUUACCUUGUAUGCAUAAACUAUUAUAGUCAGAUGUUACUCUUUUGUACUGA